AUGGGCCUAGCUGAAGUGAACGAUCCAAAUUAUAGGGUGAUGUUCAUGCCAGAUCAGUUACGAUACGACUCACUUGGAUGUACCGGUAAUCCAAUCAUCAAGACACCACAUUUUGAUGCAUUAGCAAAAGAAGGAACAUUAUUUACCAACUGUUUUGCCCAAGCGUCAGUCUGUACUCAGUCGAGAUGCUCAAUGUUCACAGGUCAAUAUCUCCACACAUCCGCUCAUCGCUCACUAGAUUAUAUGCUCAAACCGUGGGAAGGAAAUUUGUUUAAAAGUUUGAAGAAAGCUGGGUAUCACGUCUGUUCGAUAUCUCCCAGAGGAGAUUUAUGCUCUCCUGGUGUAACCGAGCAAUCGUUCUCCGAGUAUGGUUGGAUAGAAGACCCACCGAAUUGGCCUCCCAAAUUCAUCAACAACCGUUCCGACGCUGGUGCGAAUGCGACGUUGAACGACAGAUUAUUUUACAAGGGUAUGCUAACUGAAGCUGAAUCGGAGGAUUUCGAUGAAAUGACCAUCAGAUCUGCUUUGCAAUGGCUCAAAUCCAACCCGCCCGAACCAUUUGUUCUCUUUCUCCCUUUGAUCUAUCCUCACCCACCCUUCCAAGUUAAAGAUCCAUAUUAUUCUUUGUACAGAGAAUUAAGCCUUCCUCUCAGGGUUAGAGCGCAAGACAAAACAGGUUAUGAGCCAAAAUAUCUAGGCGUAAUGAGGAAAGAACAUGGUUUAGAUCGAGCCUCGGAAGAAGAUUGGCAUGAGAUAAAGGCAGUCUACUACGGUAUGAUUAAUCGUCUGGAUGAUCAGCUGGGAUCUAUCAUCAACGUGCUCAAGUCCUCUGAACAUGGCAAUCUGUGGGACCGAACGUAUACUCUGAUGUUCACAGAUCACGGGGAAUAUCUAGGAGACAGUGAUAUGGUUGAAAAAUGGCCAUCAGGACUACAUGAAGUUUUGGUCAGAGAUCCUCUGAUGAUAGUGGGACCGGAUCUGCCUUCAGACCAAGUAAACGAGGCAAUGUGCGAGAUGAUCGACCUCACUCCCACAGUUCUGGAAUUACUGGGUGUCAAAGAGAAUUAUCCUCAUUCCGGUAAAUCCUUGGUCAAGACAAUCAAAGAGAAUGCACAGGAACAUAAACCCUAUGCAUUCUCGGAAGGUGGUUUUUUACUUCGCGAAGAACCUUUGCUGGAGUACGCCAGUUUCCCUUAUGAUAGAAAGGCAGAAGUACAACAUACCAUGACUGAAGUAGUUGGCAGAGCGGUAUCGGUCAGAGAUAAAGAAUGGGCUUAUACUUAUAGACUAUACGAACCUGCCGAAUUGUUCAAUCGUCGUGAAGAUCCGGGAGAAGCACAUAACCUUGCUGCUCUACCUGAAUAUGCUCAAAUCUGUCUUCGGUUCGAACGUGCGAUAAUGAAAUGGAUGGUUGAGACCAGUGAUUAUGUUCCGUUUGAAAUUGAUCCACGGUUUCCAAGUGUGGAUCUUGAACCUACGAAAGAUCAAGUAGCUAGACACUCUGGCUUGGAUCAGGACGGGAUAGUGGGAUGA